AUGCAUCAACACCCAAGACAUCCGCCGAGGACGGCAUCCCCUGCCUCCUCACCUCAAACAAAUCCUACAAGAUCCAAUAAUCCUAGGGAAGGCGUAGGAGCUCAUGUAAGGGCCUCGUCGGAAUCUGCCAGGCAAGGACUAUCGAGCUCUGCCGGAAGCGGAGAACUCGAGUCCAAGGGACCGAGUCGCGAAUCCAUCAAGAAGCUAGAUCAAAUACUCCAGAACCUCUAUCUCAAGGCUGCCGUAGUAAUUGCUCAGUCGCGCAUCAAAACAACCCCACUGGGACCUGGCAAGAUCAACAAAUGGUUCUCAUUAGAAACAGACGAAAUCGAAGAAUUCCGCAAUGAUCUCCGGUCAUGGAAGACCUGCAGCGCCUUCGAAAAUCCCUUCCCAGCUAUGGUCAUCGAGACAUACCUGGAUGCUUCUCGCCUCUCUCCGAGCCAGUGCCUAGUAGUGGUUGACGACAAUGGCAAGAGGUGGGAUGUGCUCGAAGCCCUAAAUUCUUCAGAAACUAGCGAUGACAGUCCAACCUCGAGAAGGCGAAACACUGAAGUCAUACUAGAGCGAUGGCGUCUCGAAUUGAAGCCUGGCCCGAUCGAAAAUGUCGAGGAUUUUGGCCCAAUACUGCCGACCAUUUACAAAAAGAGCAUAAUAUUCUUUAGGUCGCUAUUUGUGGCCAGUCGGAUAAUACCCGCCUUCAAAUUCUCCCAGCAAAACAUGACGAGGAAGCCUCAACCAGCGCUAGAAGUCAAAUGUCGCAUCUUGACAGGCGAGACCGAGCCAAGUGGCCAUGAUGCGCUUCGGCAGCCACUGAGCGACGGCCGCGACGUGGUGACCGACUACAUGCUAGGAGACUUGGAAGUCCCAGUAGGGCGUUUCUACGCUUCAGCCACAUACCGAAACGACUGCCAUUUCAGAGUUGAUGACGCGGAGUCGCUUCUGAGUUCCCGCUUCAUGGGUGUAGAUGAGCACUUUUUCAAGCCGUCGAUACCACAGACUAGGGAAUCAAACCGCCGAGAAUCUUCGGCAGAAGUAGGCUCUUUGCCCUCUAGACGGCAGGGAAGAGACUCUCCAGAUGCUCAACAGACCUACGGCAGCCUUUCCACAUUUCACGGAGCAGGAGCUCCGGGCACCAGUCCAAUAUCAGCUCUGAAGGCCAUAAAGACCGUAGGUUCUGAGACCAGCUCUCCGCCCGGGUCAAUCCCGGCAAGCAUGGAGGAGCCGCCUCAUUCUCUUCCAAUCCGUCCGUCGGUUCGUGGAAGAGAAACUUCUGGGAGGCGCACUUCAGUCUCAUUCCAGCCCUUCAAGGCAGGCUCUCUGUCAGGCUCCCCUCGGAUCCCAGAUGGAGACAUUCCUGCUUCGCCUCUCUCCGGCCAGAGGCAAUCGGGGCUGAGCGCGCUCGCCCAAGCUCGAAACCGUAACUCGCUGACAGCUGGUAUGCCUGCCUCGUUGCGCGGGGGACCGCCGCCUGGUGAGAUUCCCGUGAGCUCAUCUCCUAGGCCGUCCAGCGGUCGGAUCAGCAGCAGCUUCAGCCAUCGCAAAGGAAGGCUAUCGUUUGGCGGUCCAAGCAGAGGCGUCGAUGACGAUCAAGCUAGUAGUGGACGGCAGAGCCUCUCGUCUUCGAUCGCUCAACCUGGAUCCGGCCUAUUGGCUGAGACUGGGGGCCAGGCCAGCUCGGGAUCGCUGAAUGCUGACGAUGAUAACAUUUCCGAGUUUCUUAAGGUCCUCGAUAGCAAGAAGACGCUUCCGAGCUUCGACCCUGGAAAGAAGGGCGAGUCGGCUACUAAGCGAACAGUGGCACAGCUUUCGAAAUUUCAGCACAUGCGCGACUCGAACAACGCCCUUACGGAGUCGAUGGCUUCCUCGGUGCAACUACAACGAUCAUCGAGCUCUUCCAGCCGUCAACUGACAAGCGUCCCGGGAAUGGUUCCUCCGGGAACUUCAAUGUCGGUCUCCUCGUCGCCCGGAAAGCCGCUGUCGCCACACACCCCGCACACUCCGGCUAUUCCGUCGCGCCUCAGUGAGAAUUCGAUUAUCAGUUAUGAAGCACAAGUCCAGAGCCAGGUCGACGAUCGAGCCGCACGGGUGGCUCCUCGAUUUGCAUCGACGGAAGAAGAGUCAGCCACUGACGCCGCCCUCAGCCCUGAGGGCACCACGGCUAUUGACAUUCCCCUGCCCUUGUCGCCCAGAAUCCUGCAGACCAACCGUAGAUCAAGCUCGGUCGCACAGCAACAUCGGGCCAUGGUCGAGGACGAGGACGCAGAGCUGGCAUUUGGAGGUCACCGGAGCAUCAGCCUCGGCGCCGAACGCGAACCGCCGACUGCUAGUACACUGUUUGGCAUGGAGCGAGGAGACUCUACGGACGACACCACGGCACUCCAGCCUGCCGCAGACAUACGCACUUCUGUGGCAGUCGGAUCACCAAGCUUGGCGGAGCGCGAGAGAAAUCCACCAGGAGGCCUGCUUGCUGGCAAUCCUGCGAGCUCGCCGGGCCGUUUGCGUUACACGAGCACGCGCGGUCGUCCGACGCCGCCGCAAUCGUCGAGGGGCAGUUUCGCGGGUAGUUCAAGCGGGCGGUACGGUAUGGGACGAGGGGACAACGACGCGGACGACGAGCCGCUUGUCUUUGACAUGCAGGUCAGCGAAAUGGGCCGGCGAAGCUUGGAAGAAGGCCGCGGGGGCGGAAGUGUUGGCAGCAGCUCCAAUGACCGGUACGAGCCACGUGGGGUCUCGAAACGAGGGUGGUAA